AUGAUCGGUCUGAGCUUUGUUUCUGAUCUCCCGAUAGCCACGAAUGCUAGUGUUCUAUCUGACCUACACCCGGAAAUCAAUCAACAAUAUUCCUUUGGAACCCCUGUUUGCUCUAAAUACCUUAUCCUGGCAGGCGACAUUGGCCGUCUAGAAGAUUACAACCACUACCGUGACUUCCUACAAAACCAAACAUCCAAAUUUGAGAUCGUGUUUUUGGCCCUUGGAAACCACGAAUUUUACGAGACAACCUUCAAUUCAGGCCUUGAAAAAGUAAAACAAGUCGAAAAAGAACCUUACAUCCCGGACUCAGGCGUGACACUCCUAGGUUGCACACUUUGGUCCCAAAUCCCCCAAGAAUCAACAGAUAUAGUCCAUUCCAAAAUCUCCUAUUUCCAAAAGAUCAAAGGGUGGUCUGUGGAACAACACAAUAAAACUCACGAGUCCGACCUGACCUGGUUAAGGGGUGAGAUCCAAACUCUUCGGGAGACUUCCCAGGAAAAGCGGUCUGUCCUGGUGGUGACGCAUCAUGCACCAUUCCUGCAGCGCACUUCGAGUCCGCAGCACGCUAAGAAUUUAUAG